AUGGAUUACAUGCGCCCCCACUCCAGCUUCAAGCCCUGCGAUACCUUCUUCGUCGAAGAUGACUACCGUAUGCGUGCCGAGAAGCAGGCCCAAGAGGAACAUGAUAAGCUUGUGAAUCGAGAACGUCAGUAUGCUAUUGCGGAUCGACUCUCUCGUCUUACUAGCGAUGAGCUUCGUGAUGAUGUGCUGAGCCACAUGAUUGAGAUGGAUGGUCAAACCCUUCCGGAUGUCGAGUCGAUUGAUAUUCAGACCGAGAUUCAGUGGUUCAUGCGUCCUUACCUCCUGGACUUCCUCAUUGAGGCCCACACUGCCUUCCAGCUCAUGCCGUCGACCCUUUUCUUGGCCAUCAACCUCUUGGACCGUUACUGCUCCAAGCGUGUGGUCUACAAGCGUCACUACCAGCUGGUUGGAUGUGCAGCUCUCCUCAUUGCUUCGAAGUACAACGACAAGAAGGACCGAGUCCCCACUGUCAAGGAGCUGAAGUCCAUGUGCUGCUCUCUGUAUGAUGAUGACAUGUUCAUCCAAAUGGAGUGGCACGUUCUGCAGACCCUCGGCUGGACCAUUGGGCACCCGACCGUCGACAGUUUCCUCCAGAUCGCCGUUCUUGACGAGUCUUACGACCCCGAGGUGGAGCAUAUGGCUCUCUACAUCCUGGAGAUUGCCCUCUUCCACCGUGACUUUGUGUCCAAGUCGUCGUCUGAACUUGCCCGCGCUGCCCUGGCUCUGUCGCGCUGCAUCCUCAACCGUCCUCAGCCUCGUCACACCCACUGGGCCUCCCAGUAUGACUCGAUGACUCUGGUCGGUCUGUCCCAGCAGCUUCAUCAGCCUUCCGUCGUUGUUGCCCGCAACGUCAAGCCUCUAUGGUCAACUACUCUCGUUGCACCCCACCGGUCGAGACCCCCCGUGGACUCCAAGCCGUACAAUGGUGAAAUGGGUCUUGCCACCCCUCAGAAGGCUCAGCAAUUGACUGUUCCUCACGGAUAUCUUACCCCUCCCAUCACUCCCGAGAACGCCGCUUUCGCCCAGGGUCAAAUGUUCAAUCUCCCCACUGUGAACACCUGCUCCACAUCAGCCGCCGUUUCGUCUGAGAUGCAGUACAUGAGCACUGACGCUUAUCAACAGCAACAAGAUGCCAUGGUCAUCACUCAGCCGCAACAGCACCAGAUGCAACAGUAUGCUCCACAGGCUCAGAUGGUCGUUGACCCGGCCUAUGCUGGUGUGAUGUAA